UCCAAUAUGGCCGCGCCCUGGAGAGAAGGGGGGUCUGAGCUGAAACAGUAGUGCAAGCAGGUUUAAUGACAGUUGAGGAGCUGCAGGUCGCAACCGACUUCUUCACAGAGAGACAGAGGAGCGUCUGAGAAAACCUGACACCUCCUCAGCCCUGCCGACAUGAGCAAGGACGGUUUAAUCCUCCCCAAAGACUUCCCCCAGCUCCAAAAUGAUACAUUCCUGCGAGCAGCACGAGGAGAAGAAACUACACAUGUCCCUGUCUGGUGUAUGAGACAGGCCGGAAGAUAUCUACCAGAGUUUCGUGAGUCCAGAGCAGGGAAGGACUUCUUUGAGACAUGUCGGUCACCAGAGGCCUGCUGCGAGCUCACUCUGCAGCCUCUGAGACGUUUUCCUUUCGAUGCUGCCAUCAUCUUCUCUGACAUCCUGGUUAUCCCACAGGCCAUGGGUAUGGAUGUCCAGAUGGUGGCAGGUAAAGGUCCUACAUUCCCAGAGCCCCUGAAAGAGCCAGAAGACCUGCAGCGUCUGCAGACCAAAGUGGACGUGGGGAAAGAGCUGGGCUACGUCUUCAAAGCCAUCACACUGACCAGACACAAGAUAGAGGGCAAAGUGCCGCUCAUAGGAUUCACUGGAGCUCCGUGGACGCUGAUGUCCUACAUGAUAGAAGGCGGGGGCUCAAAGACCUUCUCUAAGUCGAAGCACUGGCUCUUCAGACACCCUGAGGCCAGCCACAUGCUGCUGAGGAUGCUGACAGAUGUGAUAGUGGAGUAUCUGCUGGGACAGGUGGCAGCUGGAGCUCAGGCUCUGCAGGUGUUUGAGUCCCACGCUGGCAUUCUGGCUCCAGAUGAGUUUAAAGAGUUCUCUUUGCCUUACCUUCGAGACAUCGCACGCCGCGUCAAAGAUAAACUAAAGGAGUCAGGACAGGACGUACCCAUGAUUGUGUUUGCAAAGGACGCUCACUACGGUCUAGAGGACCUGUCUCAGUCUAAUUAUGAGGUGGUUGGGCUGGACUGGACCAUUGACCCACAAUCAGCACGGGAGCGCACAGGAGGGAAGGUCAGCCUGCAGGGAAACAUGGACCCCUGUGCACUCUACGCUACAAAGGAGCGCAUUUCGGACAUCGUAAAGAAGAUGCUGGAGGGUUUUGGCACCAGGGGCUACAUCGCCAACCUGGGCCACGGCCUUUACCCCGACAUGGACCCGGAGAACGUGGGCGCCUUCGUCGAAGCUGUGCACCAACACUCUAAACAGAUGAUCAAACAAAUGUGAAGAUGGAUGUGUCUGUGUGAGGGAGUGUAUAAAGCCAAAAAUGCUGAUGAUAGUGAUGGAAAAAUGUACAUUAAUGCAUUAUUUUAUUAAAAACCAAAACAUUUACA